CCCGUUUGUCGUAUCGAUAGUCCGAACAUACGAAGUUAUCCAUGAGCCACCUUGAAUUCAGCCUUGCCGCUGCUACGUGUGUUCGAAGUCGGAUGAACAAAAAGAAGUCUUCUUAUCUCGGUCACUCGCAUUCGAAACUCGAUCUCUGACUGGCUACGAUAAGACACUACGGCGCACCACUACCUUCCUUGUCUUACCUUACCUUAUUUACUCCGUACUCCGUACCACACCGAUAACGAUUCCCACUACGUGACCGCCUCCCUCCUUUUGGCUUUGGAGGGGGCGCUUGUGACUUUUGUUCAGCCCUCCGCCCACCACCUGACUCGAAACUCUUCCCAUAUUCGCUUUUUAAAACUUGGAAAAGGGUCGAGCAGGUCCUGACGCGAUCCGCGACCCGUUUCAUUCUUCCCAAUCCACCCUGGCAGGCUCUUCGCCAACCAUGGCUUCCGUCGUGCCCAUGGCCUUCAAGGCCUUAUCGCAGGCACCCUCGAUCAAAGAUGCGUUAUCCGGGAUCUUUGGCAGCAUCAGCUUGACUGCAUGGAUCUGUCUUCUGCUUCCUCAACUUAUCGCCAACUACAAGCUUCAAAGUGCCGAUGGCCUCUCGAUGGGCUUUCUCUUUAUCUGGUCCGUGAUCCCGCCCUUGGUCGACCGCGAACAUACCUACGAAGUAACCUUUUGUGCCCUCUUCACCAGCUUGGCUCCAACCGCGAUUGCCCUGGCUUGCUACUUCUGCUUUGCCGAUCUUGUUCUUAUCACCCAAUGUCUCUACUACAACACCAAGAAUGCUCGUCGUGCGGCGCGACACCGCCAGUCGCAUCACCACCACCACACCGAACCACACUGGAGGGAGACCCAACCUCUCUUGGCCGAGCAGCGACGCCGACCCUCAUCCUCCAGCCUUUCAGGGUCGCAGAGACGCCGAGAGAUUCAUGCCGAAACCGAGCCUCUACGCAAGAUCGUGACGGGCGGGGACGAAACCUCCGGCGGUAAGGCGUGGCUAUACAACACGCUCAGUCUUGUCGCCGUAUACUCUGUCGGGAUUCUCGGUUGGUUCAUCUCGUACAAGGCCGGGGCCUGGGAUGCGGAUCCAGACCUGCCAGUUCCGGACUCGCCCGCGGAGAAGGACGCAGUCACGAUGAUCGGCUUGGUCCUGGGCUACAUCAGCGCGGCGCUGUAUCUUUGUGCACGUAUCCCGCAGAUUAUUAAGAAUUGGCGCGAAAAGUCGUGUGAGGGGCUCGCGCUGCUCUUUUUCCUCCUCUCCCUCACUGGAAACGCUGCAUACGGCGCGAGUUUAAUAGCGUAUUCCCAGGAGAAAGACUAUCUCGUCCGCGCCCUACCGUGGCUUCUGGGCUCUCUCGGCACAAUUGUCGAGGACAGCGUCAUCUUCGUCCAGUUUCAUCUCUACAAGCCGGGGCGCAAUCGCAGGUCCUCGAGCGCCGCAUAA